AUGCGUGGCGCAGUAUUCAGGAUCAAAGUUGAAGGUCCUGAGCAGCUGGGCUUGCUGCUACUGCCAUGGUAUGAUGAGGCCUACGUCCCUCCAGUGGUGCACGCCUUUUGGAUCGAUUCAACGACCUGGCGGAAGAAGAGGAUCCACAAGAUGAUCCAAUUCGGGCACAGUCAUGCCACCAAGGUGGCCGAUGGGAUCUGGACCGAUGAAGAUGUUCGGCAAGCCGGGGUGCCCAGCUGGCGCGCCGACGCUUGGAGCACCGGCGAAAGCUUAGAAGAGAAUGAAGAGGACAAGACGCUUGUGGGAGCGAGAAACGAACAACAUUUCAACGCAGACUUUGGUUUGGGCAUGGACAAUCUUACGUCUCAUUUGGACAAGUACUAA